UGGCGCGAAGUUUUUAAUGUUGAUGAACUUUUCGUUGCUGUGUCUUGAUGAGCAGUUUUCUAUGUACUUUCAUAAUUUAUAUGGUGUGCUUUACAUCUUUUGAAACACAUAUCGUCUUUGAUAAAGUUCUAAAGAAAUCUACAGCAUGCUGAUCGGAGGGGGAAAGAAACGAGUCAGGAAGGUCCAGAAGGUAUCAGGAGAUGGACAGAGUAGCCAGCAUCCUCACAGUCACACACUGCAGUUUUACCGGAUACCCCCUCUCGGCAACAUAUCACUACAGGAAUUCGAACGGUUCGCUGUUGAGAGACUAAAGGCUUUGAAACUCUUUGAGAACGUAUCACUAGUUUUUACUAGAGGCAGUGAAGAAUACAAGAACAAAAUAAGGACUGAGCUCAGGAAGAUGGGGUUGAAAACAUUUUUGAGAACCAUGGGUCAGGAGGAAAACGAUGCAGAUGUAGAUGCGUCCCACGAGGAGCGUAGGAGGGACAACAUUUCCCACUUCAUACUACGACUCGCCUACUGCAAGUCUGAGGAGCUGCGUCGAUGGUUCAUUCAGCAAGAGGUCGACUUAUUCCGCUUUCGUUUCCUACAAGAAAGUGCCGUCAGCAUCAAAGAGUUCCUGGAGCAGAACGACUUGGCGUACGCGGCCAUAAGCCAGGAGGAGAAGGCGAAGCUCAGACGGCGACUGAUUGGCGCGACCUUUGACAUGGGCGACGGCCUCUUCGACUCCAGCGAUUUCUACAGAGUACCUUUCACCGAGGCGCUGGACCUGGUUCGAGGCAGAAAGGUGUACCUGCGCCACGGCUACGCUUACAUUCCCAGCUCGGAGCUCGUCUCGCUCGUCUGCGCCUGCUUCCGGCUCGAGCUGUCGAAGGCUCUCGCACGCACCGCGCGCAUGUUUCCCAUCAUCGAAGAGCAGGAGCGGCUGCUGCCGAUGCUCAACCACAUCAACGAGUGGUACCUCGGCGAGGACUACGGCAGCCGCAAGACGAAGGCCAGCGGCGAGGUCACGGCCAACAUGGUCGACGGGCUCUGCCAGGAGUCGUUCCCGCCGUGCAUGCAGCAGCUGAACCGCGCCGUGCGCACCGACCACCACCUAAAGUACAACGGCCGCCUCCAGUACGGUCUGUUCCUCAAGGGCGUCGGCCUCUCGCUUGACGAGUCGAUGCGGUUCUGGCGCUCCGAGUUCACAAAGCUCAUCGAGCUCGAGAAGUUCGAGCGGCAGUACGCGUACUCGAUCCGCUACAACUACGGCAAGGAGGGCCGCCGCAAGGACUACACGCCCUACAGCUGCAUGAAGCUGAUCAUGGGGGCGCCGCCGGCGGCAGGCGACCACCACGGCUGCCCGUUCCGCUUCACCGCGCCCGACCUUCUCGCGCAACGUCUCAAGGGCAUGAAGAUCAGCAGCACGCAGGCAGACAGUGUCAUGGAGAUGGUGAAGGGGAACCACUAUCAGCUGGCGUGCAGCCGUUGUUUCGCGGCUGUUCACGACCAACCGCCGGACGACAUGGUGGCCAUCGACCACCCGAACCAGUACUUUGAGCUGAGUCAGCGUAUACUCCACCCGGAAAAAGAAUCGACAGGCGCGUCGCUCAAGCAGCCGCGCCCGUCCUUACGGUCGACAGGGACGAUGAACCAGGGCGAAUGCCUGCCCAGCGGAGCGGUCACACAGACAGUAGAGGAAAGCCUGGGGAGAUGACGGCAUGGAUGACCUUCUCUUAGGGCUGUCCCCUAUGGAGACAUCCGAAUAGGUGGCACCACAUCAUAUCUAAGCAAGAUGUUUUAUAGAUAUGGUCGUUGUGGCGCCAAGUACAUAGAUUGCAAUCAAUUGGACAAGGGCUAAAAUCUUACCGGGGUAGGUAUCUAGGGGUAAUAUGGUAUAAGUUUAGAAGUGUGAAUGCAGUGAAGGCUAAUUUGUUGUUUAAACACCCGUAGUCAUGUCAGUGAAUAUAUAAUCAUCAAAUAAAAUUAUAUAAACCUGUA